ACCAAAGCAAGGCUGACUACGGUACUGUGUUAUUCUGUAUGUCUGAGGCGCUACCAUGGAACCAAAGCAAGGCUGACUACGGUACUGUGUCAUUCUGUAUGUCUGAGGCGCUACCAUGGAACCAAAGCAAGGCUGACUACGGUACUGUGUCAUUCUGUAUGUCUGAGGCGCUACCAUGGAACCAAAGCAAGGCUGACUACGGUACUGUGUCAUUCUGUAUGUCUGAGGCGCUACCAUGGAACCAAAGCAAGGCUGACUACGGUACUGUGUCAUUCUGUAUGUCUGAGGCGCUACCAUGGAACCAAAGCAAGGCUGAUUACGGUACUGUGUCAUUCUGUAUGUCUGAGGCGCUACCAUGGAACCAAAGCAAGGCUGAUUACGGUACUGUGUCAUUCUGUAUGUCUGAGGCGCUACCAUGGAACCAAAGCAAGGCUGACUACGGUACUGUGUCAUUCUGUAUGUCUGAGGCGCUACCAUGGAACCAAAGCAAGGCUGACUACGGUACUGUGUCAUUCUGUAUGUCUGAGGCGCUACCAUGGAACCAAAGCAAGGCUGACUACGGUACUGUGUCAUUCUGUAUGUCUGAGGCGCUACCAUGGAACCAAAGCAAGGCUGACUACAGUACUGUGUCAUUCUGUAUGUCUGAGGCGCUACCAUGGAACCAAAGCAAGGCUGACUACGGUACUGUGUCAUUCUGUAUGUCUGAGGCGCUACCAUGGAACCAAAGCAAGGCUGACUACAGUACUGUGUCAUUCUGUAUGUCUGAGGCGCUACCAUGGAACCAAAGCAAGGCUGACUACAGUACUGUGUCAUUCUGUAUGUCUGAGGCGCUACCAUGGAACCAAAGCAAGGCUGACUACAGUACUGUGUCAUUCUGUAUGUCUGAGGCGCUACCAUGGAACCAAAGCAAGGCUGACUACGGUACUGUGUCAUUCUGUAUGUCUGAGGCGCUACCAUGGAACCAAAGCAAGGCUGACUACGGUACUGUGUCAUUCUGUAUGUCUGAGGCGCUACCAUGGAACCAAAGCAAGGCUGACUACGGUACUGUGUCAUUCUGUAUGUCUGAGGCGCUACCAUGGAACCAAAGCAAGGCUGACUACGGUACUGUGUCAUUCUGUAUGUCUGAGGCGCUACCAUGGAACCAAAGCAAGGCUGACUACAGUACUGUGUCAUUCUGUAUGUCUGAGGCGCUACCAUGGAACCAAAGCAAGGCUGAUUACGGUACUGUGUCAUUCUGUAUGUCUGAGGCGCUACCAUGGAACCAAAGCAAGGCUGAUGGUGGUGAUGAUGAUACAAUCACACACAAUAAGAUGUGGCUAGGGGCCAUUGUUUGUCCGUCCCAUGGCUGUGCAGAGAGUGAGAGUUCACACACCAGCCAAAAAGUUGUGGUCAAGAUUCUCUCCAUGUCAGAGUGGCAUUGACUAAAAUACAAUAAAAUAGAAUACAGUAUAAACAUAUGAAAUGAGUAAAACAGUAUAUUCAUAAACAUUAUUAAAGUGACCAGGGAUUCUAUGUCUAUGUACAGUGCCUUUGAAAAGUAUUCAGACUCCUUGACUUUUUCCACAUUUUGCACAUAGAGUCUUAUUCUAAAAUGUAUCAAUUAAAUAAAAAUCCUCAGCAAUCUACACACAAUACUCCAUAAUGACAAAGCACAAACAUUUUUUUAAAAACAUUUUUGCAAAUGAACAACAGGAAAAAGACCUUGUGAAGAUGCUUGAGGAAACAGGUACAAAAGUGUCUAUAUCCACGGUAAAACGAGUCCUAUAUUGACAUAACCUGAAAGGCCGCUCAGCAAGAAAGAAGCCACUGCUCCAAAACUGCCAUAAAAAAAUCCAGACUACGGUUUGCAACUGCACAUGGGGACAAAGAUCGUACUUUUUGGAGAAAUGUCCUCUGGUCUGUUAAAACAAAAAUAGAACUGUUUGGCCAUAAUGACCAUUGUUAUGUUUGGAGUAAAAAGGGGGCUGCUUGCAAGCCGAAGAACAUCAUCCCAACUGUAAAUCACGGGGGUAGCAGCAUUAUGUUGUGGGGGUGCUUUGCUGCAGGAGGGACUGGUGCACUUCACAAAAUAGAUGGCUACAUGAUGAAGGAAAAU